CAUUAGCGGGAGGCGAAGCGCCAAACUCGAAAUCUGCCGUUGAUGUAUAAAAUUAUUGCCUAAAGUUGAAUUAGAAAUACGGUGACACAUUAUUUGUUGUUUUUUAGUUUUUAAUGUAAAACAGAAAUGACGGAAUUGCUUUUUAACAAGACGUUGCAAUUGUACGUGAAGUGUAAAGACUGUGAUGACAGGCGAGCAGUUAUCCGAGUCAGUAUUGAACUGCAGCUCAUUUCUAACCCCAUCCACAGAAGGGAUCUAGUUGUGAGGCUGACUGAUGAUGCUGAUCUCUACUUCCUGUAUAACCUUGUCAUAUCGGAGGAAGAUUUUCAAAGCCUAAAAGUCCAGCAAAAUCUCCUGAUAGACUUCACCGCUUUCCCUCAGAAGUUCAUCGACCUGUUAGAGCAGUGCCUCUCCGAGCAGAGUAAAGAAAAUCCAAGGUUCUUGCUGCAGCUUUCCUCCCCGUCGUCUGCACUAAACCACGGCUCUGCUAAUCUGAACAUCGUGGAGACCAACGCCUUCAAACACCUCACACACCUGUCUCUAAAACUGCUCCCUGGUUCAGAUGUGGAAAUAAAGAAAUAUCUGGCUACCUGUUUGGCCAUCGUGAAGGAGGAAAAGGGGCAACUCCAACAAAAACUAAAGAAGACUGAAGAGGAUCUGACGAGGCAGCUAAAUUAUGCGCAGCAGACGUUGUCUGAGAAGAGCCGGGAGCUUGAUAAACUGCGCUCUGACUGGACUUCACAAACGACGUCUCUGUCCAGCAAACACACGCAAGACCUCACAACAGAGCGUGAAAAAGCUCUGGAGAUCCAGACGAGGCUGCAGCAGCAGAAUGAACAGCUGAGGCGCGAGCUGGAGGCGACCCAUCAGCGCAGCACGCAACAGCUUCAAACCCGAGUCUCUGAACUGGAGACCUCCAACAGGGAGCUCACGGAGAAAAAGUACAAAAGCGACUCCACCAUCCGAGACCUGAAGGCCAAGCUGCUCGGCCUUGAGGAGGAAUCUCAGAGGGCGAAACAGCAAGUGGCAUCUCUCCGGAGGGAAAACGGCACCCUCGAUACAGAAUGUCAUGAAAAAGAGCGAAUAGUUAAUCAGCUGCAAACUCGAGUAGCCGUGCUGGAGCAGGAGAUUAAAGACAAAGAUCAGCUCGUACUCCGAACCAAAGAGGUGCUCGAGGCCACGCAGCAGCAAAAGAACUCUGUUGAAGAAACUGCUGAGAAUAAACAGCUACAGAUUGGAAAGUUGGAGUCAACGGUGAAAUCUUUAUCGGAGGAGCUCAUAAAGGCAAACGGCAUCAUUAAGAAGCUCCAGGGCGAUCUGAAGGCUCUGGUGGGGAAGAUUAAGGUGAAGAACACUGUGACUGUGUCUCAGGAGAAGGUGCUGCAGGAGACGACGGAAAGACUGCAGAGGGAGCAGAGGGAGCUGCAGGACACGCAGCACAGGCUGAGGUUCAAAGAGGACGAGGUAUCGAAGUUAAAGGAGCAGUUGGAGACCACAGUUAAAAAACUGGAUGAGAGCAGAGAGCUGCUGCAAACUAAUGAAAACGUGAUAACGUGGUUGAAUAAGCAGUUGAAUGAAAACCAGCUGUCGAGGAAGCAGGACACUGUUGGUGUGUUUGAAACACCGCAGCCGAGUGCUGGACUGAGACUUGCACCUGCUUCUCACAUGUUUGAUAGUAAGACUUUCUCCUCCCUGGGCCAGCCAUAUCCUGUAACCUCUACGUUAAACUCCAAGCACUCAUUCCCUCUGUCAUGUGUGAGCACCGGGCCGCGUUCUGUCCUCACUUUACACAAUCCCAAUCCAGGACCAAAGGUCCACUUUAAUCCGAUGAGUGUCAAAGCCAGCAUGCCUCCAGUGGAAGGGAACGGAAACUCCACAGCACCACAGUCAUCCUGUAAUAAGGAGAACGGGGAGCCGCUCGGGUUGGACUCUAAAUACUUUGAGAGACGAGAAGAGAGCAUCCCUCUGCGUGGCCUUUUACCCAGCAUGCACCUCAACAAAGAAAUCACUAAACCCUCCUCAAACAUGGCUGGUACAAAACCCACAGCUCCAUCAGCGUAUUUUCCCAGAUGAUGUCCUCUUUUUUUUUUUUCCCCCCCCCCCUCGUUGAUGUGAAAAGCACCAACACUCAGGAGUUUGUACACAUCUGCGUGCCAUGUGUUAAGUGUAUUAUGCUUCUCAAUUUAUUUAUUAAACAUACUUUUUUUUUUUUUAAACCACUGAUGGAUUGCUUUGCAGCUGAGUGGUUGUGCACACAGGAAUGUUUUGUUUGAAUGAAAAACCUUUACAGAUGCUGAAUUAUCUCUGGUGCUAAAGUAUGUCUGAGUGCAUAAACAUAACUGACCUGUUGUGACUGAACAGACAGGUGAAAGACCGUCCAGAUCACAAUGAUAAAUGUGUUUGUAUAAUGCAUUUCCAGUAGGCAUGUGCCAAUUAUCAUAUUUAGUGCUAUUGUUAACACUUUUCACUACUCUACACAGGCUGUCUAGGAAAUGUUUUGUGUCCGUCUCUCUCUCACGGCCCUUUUAAGCAGCAAAUGUGAAGUACGUAUUCCAUCAAUAGUACACUAUGUACUGUUCAAUACAUAUAGUGCGGUUGAGUGGAGGAGACGUGGCAGACAAAAUGGCAUUAUGAAAAGUUAAUAUUAGCACAGGUCUCAUUUCCACUGAUGGGUCAUGAGUUUCAGUAUGAGUGUACUGUUGAUUGUAUAUAAGUUGUAUAUAAAGCCUACAUGCAAACCUUCAUCAGUUUGUGUGCGUGCGCGCGUGCACACUUGGAUCCUUGAUUUAAUAAAUCGUUUUUCUUAAAACCACUUUAACAA